UUGGUACGAACAAAACCACACUAUUUGGUUAAAUGGAAGGGUUAUCCAUUACAUGAUGCAACUUGGGAACCUACUGAACAUUUAAAGAAUGCAGAAAAAAAAGUUAAAGAAUUUGAAUUGAUGAGGAUGUCAGAACUUAAGGAGGGGAGAAU